GAUUUGCAUUCAAGGUUGCAGGUUCCAUUUUCUACUAGAGCUUUCUCCUGCCAAAUCUCUUCAAAUCUUUCUCUCGAGCAUGGCCAUUCAAAACGAAACUGGUGACGUUGGGAAGACGGUUGACAGGGCGCCCCCCAAGCCCCUUAGCGAAAGCGAUGCUAAGCUCAUCAGCACAGACAAUAGACACUUUUCCAUGGUUCGGUAAGUGGUUGGGUUCAAUGGCCGCGCGUUAAAUUAUCUUGCUGAGACGUCAAUGGUCCUGUUUAGCAAUUUUUACCUCGCCGACGUUAUUACGCUGAUGAACGGUAUUUGCGGUACUAUGUCGAUCUUCAGUAGCAUGCGAUACCUGGUCUCUCAUGAUCGCUGUGACCUUCACAUCGCCAUGUGGUACAUGCCGUUUGGCCUCUUAUUCGACUUCUUUGACGGCAGGGUGGCUCGAUGGAGAAAGAACUCUAGCUUGCUGGGUCAGGAGCUUGAUAGCUUGGCAGAUUUGAUAUCGUUUGGAUUGGCUCCAGCCGCAUUGGCUUUUGCCGUUGGUAUGCAAAGCAAUGUAGAUGCUUUGGGUUUGACCUAUUUUGUUUGCUGUGGUUUGGCUCGUUUGGCGCGUUUCAAUGCCACCGUUGCUCUUUUGCCCAAGGAUUCCACCGGCAAGAUAUCCCAUUUUGAAGGGCUGCCUAUACCUAGCUCUCUUGCUAUCGUUGCCCUGUUAUCAUAUACUAUUGCUGGACGCGACAUCAGCAAUGCUGAUUCACUUCCCUUAGGUAUCUUCCAACUUCCUAUGCCACUGGGAAUUAACCCCAUGCUGGGAAAGGUACACGGAUUCGUCCUCUUGUUCGUUUUGCAUGGCACUGCUAUGGUCUCAAGAACUCUUCGUAUCCCAAAGCCCUAAACAUAGCAAUCAGAGCACAUAACGAAGACAGUUUCUCAUCAAACUGACAUAUUCGUCAUGUUUACCUUUUGUCUUUUCAUUCAUACCUCCUCACCUCAUUUACACAAUACGUAUUAGACCGUUGCAAAAAACAUAAUGAAUAAAAAUCCCUCCUUCAGAAAGAAUGGCCAAGUAUGCCUCAAUCAAAAUGUAUAAAACAGC